GAUUCCAGAACAGUAGUUGUUUGUUUCUUCGAUGUACUCCGUACCUAGAUUUUGCUUUAGACCUUGAUAUAAACCAUACACACGGGGAGCUCUCUCUAUCAAACGUAAAUGCCAUCCUGUUCAUGUACAUGCCUUGCCAAGAGCAAUCGUGGCCUCCUAUAGUGACAAGUCAGAUGAACCCUGUCGUUGCCAGCAUGCAUUGGAUAUGUAAGAUUUGUAUCCCGAGAAUGAAUAGAACACUGCAAGUAAGAGCCCAGUUGUCAGUCAGGCAAUCUUCUGGAGAUGGGAGCAAUAAGGCCGUCUUUAUCCAUCUCGUCCUCGACAUACAACAAGUGCACGCUUGGUUUUCAACAGAACUUUAGUCCCCAGGCCACAUAUGCGCAGAAAGCACCAUGGCUAGGCCAAGCUUGGUCAGGAAUGAAAUGUAUUCAGAAUCUUCC